GGAAGACGGGUAAAGAGCGCUUGACUUGCUCGGUUUGUGCGAAAAGAUUUUCUAAAACGGGCGGUCUGACUCGAUAGAUGCGGACGCACACCAGAGAAAAACCUUUCGGUUGUGCAGUUUGUGGCAAUAAAUUUGCUCUGAGGUCCACUUUGUUCGUACACGCGCGCACACACACGGGGGAAAACCCCUUUGGAUACUCGUUUACGGCAAAAAAAUGUACUCGGAAUGUGUCGCUGAGCACGCACAUGAAAACGCACACGGGAGAAAAGCCUUUCUGUUGUUCGGUCUGCCGCGAUCGGUUUGCGAAGAGUUCCACUUUGAGUGCGCACAUGAGAACGCACACGGGGGAAAAACCUUUUAGUUGCUCAGUAUGUGGCGACACGUUUGUUCAGAGGACCAGUUUGAAUGGACACUUUCGGACCCACACUGGUGGAAAAACCUUUUCCUUGCUCUGUUUGUGGCAAACGUUUCUCGUAAGAGUAAUAGGAACGUGCACCUGAGAACACACACAGGCGAAAAGCCGUUUAGUUGCACAGUUCGCGGUAAAAUGUAUUCUCACAAGAAAAAUUUGACAGCACACAUGUUGACACAGGAUGGGGAAUAGUGUGUUUUUUAGUAUAGCAAAUUUAUUGAACUAACAAAGGAAGGAAAAACAAAACAACAACCCCAACUCCACCCCAAUCCAGCUCCGCAACACCUGAAGCGAUGUAAAUCCACACAAAAGAAUCCAAAAGAGAAGACACACAAAUAUACCACAGAAAAAAACAAACCCAAGCAAUAAUAACAAUAAUAAUAAUAACAAUAAUGGUGAUAACAAUCAUAAUGAUUAUAAAUAAAGUGUUAAAUAUAAAAAAGUGUUUAUUUUUGUUUUGUUUUCUAUAUUACUGUAAUAAAAACGAACUAAAGACGGGUUUAAAUGCGACCCCUUUGAGCUGUUCUUUCUUCCUCAGCUCUCAUCUUGAGCAGUCUGCGAUUCCGCCGCCAGAUGUCAGCAUUGUGAUGUUACGGAUGCUUAGCCGCCAUUAAUCUCCAUCGAAGAAGAAAAAUGUGGCCGUUAGCAACGCUGCUGCGAAACGCGAAACGAAGUGGGAAGUUGUAAAAAAAAGACAGCAUUGAACAUGUUGAGAGAGUUGGUGAAGGAGCGACUAAUGGCGGCAGCCGAUGAAAUAUUGGCGCUGUUUGAGAGGACGAUAGCGUCGUACGAGGAGGAACUUUCUCGAACGAGAGAGGAGAACGAGCGACAUCGACGACAACUGGAAGCUGUCGGCAAAGUUGUGUUACACGCUGAAGAUGUCCAGCAGCUGAUUGAUCGUCGAGAAGAGCAUCCCGCUCGGCCGCAGGGUGGGAGCUCCACUUUGGAGCACGGGAAUCCCCAGACCCCCCACAUUAAAGAGGAAGAGGAGGAACUCUGGGUCACUCAGGAGGAGCCCACUCUCACCGAGUUACCGCCGACUGUGAAGACUGAAGACCAUGAAGACAAACCACGAUUGGACAGCCCCUUAGCUCCGCUGUCAGAUAGUGAGGCAGAAGACAUGCACGACACCCGAGAGCCGCUGAGCAGCGAUACGGAAUGCGAAGGCGAUACUAGCGGCCGGCGCUCAAAAAAGGUGACGGGUAAAAAACGUUUUUCCUGCUCAGUCUGUGACAGAAGCUUUUCUUUCAAGAGGGAUUUGAAUCGACACAUGAGAACGCACACGGGAGAGAAACCCUUCAGUUGCUCAGUUUGCGAGGAACGAUUCGCCCGAAAGUCGUACAUGGUGUCGCACGUGAGAACGCACACGGGGGAGAAACCCUUCAGUUGCUUGGUUUGCGGCGAUAAGUUCGUGCAGAGUUCCACUUUGUCGAGGCACAUGAGAACGCACACGGGGGAAAAACCUUUUAGUUGCUUGCUUUGCGGCAAAAGCUUUUCCUGCAAGAGCAAUAUGAACGUGCACAUGAGAAUACACACAGUGGAAAAACCAUUUAGUUGUUCCGUUUGUGGUAAAAUGUAUUCUCAUAAGAAAACUUUGACAGCGCACAUGUUGACACACAGUGGAGAAUAAAGGAUUGCUAAUCACAGACGUAUAAUGUCCCAAACGUGAGAAGUCACCCAGAAAGUAGUUCCAUGUUGGCGUACUGCUAAAAACAGCAGCAACACAACUUUAACAGGACUUAUCAACUUUCCUUAAAUAUCUUAUAUAUUGUUUGGAAUUACCUUCUGCAUUGUUUUGAAAGCCAACGGUAGAUUUGCAAAAGUCAUUUACAUUUCUGGAAGCGGCGCUCUAUUGCGACUAUCGCUGGUGUACGAGACAGAGGAUGUUUACAGUGAUUAUAGCCAAGAUUUGAGCGAUGUGUCAAUAGUUUUCAAGGAGAAAGAAACAUUUGGAGAUGAAAUAGAGAACUUGCAGAACAUGGACUUAAGCCUUGAGACGUGGAGAUGAAGAUUUGUCGCCUUCAAAACACAGAAUGCAAAGCGUAAAUGACGCUGGAGUUGCUUAUCCUUCAAUUAUUGUUUUAAAUCAGCUUCUUGGUGAGCAUAAAUGGGUCUUUGGUAGCCGGAUUUAUUUUAGAUAUUGUUGCUCUCUCAGUAAAUGGAUAUUAUACACAUGUAUAAUGCUUUACAGCCUUGUCGCUAUCACGGAAUAGCGUUUAGAAUACAUUAUGUAAACAAGACAUGACUUCCUCUAUUCUGUGCCAACUCCGAUGUCAUUCUUCUUGUGUACCGGUGGAAGAGCAUCCUUUUUUAAAAAUGCGUUUAUAGCGUACUUUCAAGCUAAAUGCUUCUUGUUGCUUUGUAGAAGUCAUCAGUGAAAUGAUCACUCCAGGUGGGCGUCCAUCUUGUUCUCUGCACUUGCUUUGGCCAUUGUUGCCUUCAAGCUUCCUCUUUUCGAAAAGAAAAUAAACUUACGGUAUCGCUCGCAUACCGCGAACAUUCAGCAGCAACUCGACGUUUUGGCACGACGACUAUUUGGAUGAAAAGUAUACUGAACCAAGUCGGCCGUCUACCUCCAGAAGCGUUUGUUUACUCUGUUUUGACGGAGAGGCGUCACCCCGCUGGCGUCACUUCUGAACAGCGAGAGCUAGCUCGUCACGGCAGACGCCAUCAACUAUGAAUGUCAUUUUUGCUAAUUGGCCGUUGGCUUUCAAAAAUGGAACAACGUGGAACAAAAUUACAAACAAUAUAUCAUGUAUUUAAGCAAAGUUAAUGAAUCAUGCCAGGGACCCUUUAAAUGAACUCUGAAGCAAAUAAGAAGCAACGUUGACUUUGUAACAACCUCUGAGGACAGCCGCCAUUAAUCUCACCUUCCUUCUUUUGGACUAAAGACGUGUACAUCAGCAAUCAUGAAUGUGUCUUUGUGUUGUGGCAAUUGUCUUUAUGACUUCAAUAAAACCGAAAUGAGAACCACACACAUAAUUUGAAAUAAGCUCAGCUCUUUUGUCGAGCAGUCUUCAGU